CCAUCGCUACGUGAUUCCCGGCGCUGGCGCUCUUCGCAGGGCAAUGACUUAUGCCGGAAGGCGUACGCUGCCACGCGACGGCGAACGCUUGGGGGAGGGCGCACGCAAGGCGCCAGACGGACGUCGCUAACCUAGAUUCUGCCUCCGUUCCCGCCAAUCACCGGACCAGGACGCCCCCUCAGCCGGCUCGCUGGAGGCCGUUCUGCUGUCACGUGACCGACGUCGGUUCCGGUCCCCUCCGGCGCGCUGAAGGCCGCUUGUUGCCAGGCAACCAGCCCUGAGCCCAGGUGCGGUGUGGAUUCCGCGGAGAGAACUGGUUGGAAUUUUGUCGUUCAGAUCAGAGGGCAGGGGCACCCUGCGGCGCCGCCCCAAGCACGCCUUUGGGAUGUGCGAGACUGGGUCUGCGUUGCGGGCGAAGCGGGCAGCCUGAAAAGGUGAAACGGGGGUAAUAAUCCCGGAAGAAAGGUCCGGAGAAAGGGGAGGAGGGGCCUGGCCCUGGCGUGGGUAGCGGGGGAAGGGCCGCCCCGCCCCAGAGCAGUGAAGGCACUGGGUUCUCGCAAGGUGGACUCCUGAUCCGGUCAGUGCUGCCCCGUCUCCAAUGGACCAGUACUGUAUCCUGGGUCGCAUAGGGGAGGGUGCCCACGGCAUUGUCUUCAAGGCCAAACAUGUGGAGACUGGGGACAUAGUUGCCCUCAAGAAGGUGGCCCUGAGGCGGCUGGAGGAUGGCAUCCCCAACCAGGCCCUGCGGGAGAUCAAGGCUCUGCAGGAGAUCGAGGACAAUCAGUAUGUGGUGCAGCUGAAGGCCGUGUUCCCACAUGGUGCCGGCUUCGUGCUGGCCUUUGAGUUCAUGCUGUCUGAUCUGGCCGAGGUGGUGCGCCAUGCCCAGAGACCACUGGCCCAGGCACAGGUGAAGAGCUAUCUCCAGAUGCUGCUCAAGGGUGUCGCCUUCUGCCAUGCCAACAGCAUUGUACAUCGGGACCUGAAACCAGCCAAUCUGCUUAUCAGCGCCUCUGGCCAGCUCAAGAUAGCAGACUUUGGCCUGGCCCGGGUCUUUUCCCCAGAUGGCAGCCGCCUCUAUACCCACCAGGUGGCCACCAGGUGGUACCGGGCUCCCGAGCUCCUGUAUGGUGCCCGCCAGUAUGACCAGGGUGUCGACCUGUGGGCCGUGGGCUGCAUCAUGGGAGAACUAUUGAAUGGGUCCGCCCUCUUCCCUGGGGAGAACGAUAUCGAGCAGCUUUGUUGUGUGCUUCGCAUCUUGGGCACCCCCAGCCCUCAAGUCUGGCCGGAGAUCACUGAGCUGCCUGACUACAACAAGAUCUCCUUUAAGGAGCAGACGCCCGUGCCCCUGGAAGAAGUGCUGCCUGAUGCCUCUCCCCAAGCCUUGGACCUGCUGGGUCAAUUCCUCCUCUACCCUCCUCGCCAGCGCAUCACAGCCUCUCAGCCUAAUUUGACCUUCCAAGGCCCUCCCGGCACCACCUGGGCCACUCCAUACCUCACCUGCUCCCACGGGGGUCCUGCUCCUGACAAGGAGAUAGAACAUGCAGCCACAGCAGAGAAUACCCACACCUUCUGCUCAGCUGGCCUCACAUCUGCAUGCCGCUCAUUUAUUCAUCAGAAAGAGAUGCCAAUUGCUGCUGCCACCCAGGGACCAUGGGCAUCCAGCAGCACCAGCCUUUGCUCUGGUCCAAGGCGCUGCCUCCCUGUUGAAGGACGUAGUCAUUCGUGUUGGAGCCCCGGGGUGAAGUACAGAGUGUAGGAUGUCCUCAUGUUGGAAACUCAGCUGGGAAGGAAGAUUGUGUUUUGUUUUGUUUUGUUUUCUCAGAGACAUUAAACACUCUAGUUGAGUAUUUGAGAUUUAUUAUGAAGCUCUGAGUGCCUGUUCUGUGUCUGUUCUUCCUCCCUGGUGUUCCUAGCUAAGGAAAUGGCUGAAGUAGUGUCUUCUCAUGGCCUUCGUUUCCUCAGGGUCAUGGGCAAGGUGGCUCCAUUUGUAGGUGUCCUCAGAGGCUUGCUACACCCAGCUUCUGCAGCUGCUGCUCUUUAGACCUCACAGGAUAUGGUACAGACAGGCUGCACCAAGUUGUAUUAAGUGAGAAAGUGAGACAACAUCGCCAUGCCCUGCUACCCGCCCCAUCAUCAUCAGUGAUACUGCCCACCCCUCACCACCCCCUGACUGGUGAGAGAGGCCAUGAAGUGGAGGAUGAGGAGUCUGAGGAGAAGAAGAAGGAGUAGGCUCUGAUGAAAAAAUAGAAGGACAGAUUGGGAGGAGUGAGAGGAUUCUGUGGUGGGUGGGUGAUGAGUAAGCAGUGUGUGAAGGGAAUGACUGCUCAUCAAACAGUCACCAGUAGGUGAGGAGUGGGGUGAAGGAUUGAGGCCUGAGCCCGAGGGUGCACAUGCAUGUUAGGGUACCUCCCAGGAUUCCACUUUUUCCUUCACCCACAGCCAGUUCAUCACUAAGUACCGCUGGCUUCAUCCAUCUGUCCUGGGACAACCUAGUCCAGACCCUGUCAUCUCUUCUCCCUGCUUACACCCUUCUCCUACCCCUGCUGCUGGCUCCUAACUCCAGGGCGCACCACUCUCCCUCUGCCUGCACGCUGCCACCUACUGCCGUGGAGCCUUUACUGGCUAAUCCUUCUCCCAACAGUUCUUUCCUUGGGCAGCUCCUGUCACAUAGGUCCCAGCUCAAAUGGUACCACGUCAGAUGGAAUCUGUCUAAAGGGACACUCUUCUCCCCAUCCCACCAGGCCUUGCUCACAUUACCUGUUUUUAUAUUCUUUAUGGGUCAUUUUGUUCCCUGAUUAUUUUGUAUCUUACGAUGUCCAGCCUUCAAUUUGCAGAGCCUCACUCGGUGCCUAGCACAGAGAGCAUGUACCCCAGUAAAUUAAGUAUCCAAACCAGUAGAGGGGGAAAAUGUAAGAAGAAGAAUAAUAAUCACUUGUCAAUCAAAAAAAAAGCGAGAAAGGAAAAUACAUACAUAAACAGGUAUGACAAAUAGAACACAAAUAAAACGGUACAAAUAAAUCCAGAUAUAUCUGUAAUUACAGUGAUUGCAAAUCAAAGACAAAGUUUGUAGGCUACUUCUGUUAACAAAAGACACAUCUAAUACAUUAGGACAUGGAAAGAUAAAAAGUAAUACAAUGGAAAAAGAUAUGCCAUGUUUAUACCACCAGUGACAAUGAAAAGGUUGUUUCCUGGUAUUAAUAGACUUUAAGGGGAAAAAGUAUUACUAAGGAUAGAGAGGAUCACCCCUUCAGUGUGGGAAGGGUCUCUCAGAAGAUUGCCCAUCUUGGGUGGGCCCUAGGUCCUAACUAGGACCAGUGUGAAGUGAGCUAUAACUAAUGAGUAGGUUUUUGUGUCAGCAAGUAUCGUCAAGGCAAAGGUGGUUUUGAUUCUCUGAUACUUUAUUCACUUCUCUGGUGAUAGCUGUUCAUCUAGAAGUAGGCUUAGGAAUUCCCAUCUUUGUAAUCCAGCAUUUUUGUUGUGGUUGUUUCAGCAGGAAUGUUGAUCUGAGGAAUCUCAUCUGCCAUUUCCAGGAAUCAGAACGAUACAAUUAUAUAUGCGUAUAAUUUAAAUAGCCAAGUGGGCAAUUCUGUUUUUCGUCGCCCUCAGCAAGCUUUUCAGACCAUCAGUCCCUUUUAAAACAAAACAAAAUGCUAGAAGUCUAGUCGGGGGGCGGGGGGAGCGGGGAGGGUGGCAGAACGUCCAGGCUAAAUCCUAGAGAAAGCAGGAAAGCAGAGAGGUAAGUGGAACACUGCCAUUUUUACCCCGAGAGCUUCAUAUGUGCUUGAUAUGGCUGAGCUUUCGUUGGCACUGAGGUAGGCAGAAGUCAAGGCCCAGGGAUGCCUCAUGUUGGGCAUCUAGCAGGAGAGCUAUCUAACCAAAAUCUCUACUCUCAGGACAAGGGUAAGCCAGAACCAGAUGUGCCACCUCCCUGCUCAUAGAUACCAGACAGAUAAGGAAACAGGUACUCCUGGAAUUAAUUCAAUGAAAUCCCAAUAAAAUCUAAGCAGGCUUUUUUUUUCUCUCUGUUGAAUAAUAAUUUGAUAACCCAAAAGGUGAGGAGAAAAAAAAAAGAUGAAAGGACUUACUCUAUCAGAUAAAAGGUUAUAAUAAGAAUAUGGUAUUGGUGCGGGGAUAGGUUAAAAAAAAAAAAAAAAACAAAGCCAUUGCCGUCAAGUUGAUUCCAACUCAUAGUGACCGUACAGGACAGAGGAGAACUGCCCCAUAUGGUUUCCAAGGAGCCUGGUGGAUUUGAACUGCUGACCUUUUGGUUAGCAGCUCUAGCUCUUAACCACUACACCACCAGGGUUUAGCAAUCCUUUAUUUUUAAAAUACUUAAGUUUCAUGUGGAUAAACUAUUCUGUAAGUACUAAAGAUGCAGAGGUGACCAAUACUUCUAUAGUCACUGCCCUCAGAGCACUUAGUGAGAAUACAAAACUCCAGUUGCUUUCAAAGUCUGACUACUAAAUAUGUCUUUGAAGAUGACUUCAUGAUCUGACCCAAUCAGCAUUACCCUGAUAGCAAAACCAAACAAAGAUAGUACACGGGAAGGAAACCAGAGACUAGCAUCUCCCAUGAACAUAGAUAAAAAAUUCUAAACAAAAUUUUAGCAAAUCUAAUUCAACAAUGUAUAAAAAGGAAAAUACAUCAUGACCAAAUGGGAGUUAUUCAAGGAGUGCAAUGUUGGUAUUAGAUUGGAAAAUCAAAAAAGUAAUUCACCAUUUAAACAAACACAUAUAAGUGAGCACACACACAAUUAUUUCAGUAAGCCCAACUAUUUUUAUACAUGCAGCAAAUUUGGAUCUUAAAAUUUUAUAGCAAAAAAAUGAAGCCAGACCCCCCAAAGAAGUAUAGAUUGUAUUAUUCCAUUUAUAUAAAAUUCAAGAAAAUGCAAACGAAUCUAUAAUGACAGAAAGCAGAUGAGUGGUUGCCUGGGGGAAGGAGGCAAAGGAAGAUGGAGGGAGGACAAGGAUGGGCAGGAGGAAAACUUACAAAAGAGGAGAUAACUUUUGGGAGAUGAAUCUUGACUGUGGUCAUAGUUGGACUUUUGAAUAUAUGUGUCACAAUGUAUACUCCAAUGUGUGUAAUUUUUUAAUGUUAAUUAUACCUUCAUAUAGCUGUUUUAAAAAAAUAGAUAUUUUAUGUAGAAGAUACUCAUGUUCUAUGAUUGUUUUUAAAUUUACUGUAAGAAUUAUAACACAUUGCCAAUUCAACAUUUUUCAGAUACAUAAUUCAGUGAUAUCAGUGAUGUUAAUCACAUUGUACAAUCACCACCCAUAAUCGUUGCCAAAUUGGCCAUCACUGUAAACAAACACUGCUUCCUAAGCCAGGAGAUUCCUACAAAAAAUCCUAAGUAAAUAACAAAACCUAGCAUUUAUGAUAUGUACGUUACCUCAACACCAAGUUUGGAAUACUCAAGAAUGCAGCGUUGUUUGACAUUUAAAGAUGGGUCAAUGUAAUUAAGCAUAUUGACUUAAAGAAAGAAGAAAAACUGUAUGAUUAAUUCAAUAGAUGACAAACCAUUUGAUAAAAUUCAAUAUCCAUUCUUGGUAAAAUUUAGCAAGCCAGGGAUGGAAAAGAAUGUCUGCAAUUGUAUAAAUACAGCAAACUCCUUAUGUAAUGAUGAAAUUUUGAAAAAAAUUCCCCUGAGAUUGGGAAUGUGACAAGGAUACUUGAUAUUACAUUUAUCCAACAUUCUGCUGUAUGACUUAGCAUUUGCAAUAAAAGCAAAUAAUAUGCAUAAGGAUGGGGAAGGGAAAAAUAAAAAUAUCAUUAAAGACAAUUUUACAUGUUAAAUAUUCAAAAGAAUUUACAGAUAAACAUUUAGAAGCAAUAACAUUUAGCAAGUUUGUAGGAUGCAAAAUCGAAAUCCAGACAAUUGCAUUUCUGUAUUCUAGAAACAAGUAGAAGAUGAACAACUUAAGAUACCUUUAGUAAUAACACCAGUAACCAUCAAAUCCCAAAGAAUAAAUCCAGCAAAAGAUAUGUAAGUCUUCCACAUUGAGGAAAAUAACAUUAUAGUGAGAAGUUAAGGAAAUAAAUAGAGGAACACCCCAGGUUAAUGAAUUGGAAAUUUUAAUAUUUUAAACAAUUCUUUCCAAACUGACCUUUAGAUUCAUAUCAGUCAUAAUCAAAUUCUAGUAUUUGGUUGUGCGUGGAAAUUUAAAAUGUGACUCUUGAGUAUAUAUGAAAAUGCAAAGAAGAAAAAGCCAAUAUUGAGGUUGGGGAUUCAAUUGGCAUUAUAUAAUUCAGCCACGCUAACAAUAAGACUCUGAGUUUGAUUUUUGGCAAUAUCAGCUCUGUUACUACAAGAAAUAAGGCUUUCUUUCAGGGCACAGUUGGCCACUUUCAGGUUUUUUAUGCGGUACUCGGGCUGUGACCCCGAAGCCCUGAGCUUCUCUCUCUCUUUGACUGCUUUGUCUAGCGAAAGUAGGACCAGCCAACCAGCUUCCUUAUAUUUGUUAUUCUGACAAAAUGGUAGAAGAGUAUCCAAUAUGCAGUUACCUGGAGCCUUGUUUCUCACAAAUAUUUGAUCUGUUUUUGGUGAUACUUUGCCAGUUUCUAUUGCUGCCUCACGCCAUGGAUUAGCAGUGUUGUCUUUACUACUGGAGGCAGAGUCAUCAGUGCCUUUAAGAUUAGCCAGACUUGAGAGUCAAUUUUCAAAACUCAUUCUUAAAAUUUUGAUUCUCUAGAAUCACUCUUGAUACCAAAUGUCUUCGGCUGGGUUCUAAAGAGAAGCAAAAUUAGUGAAGUGUAUAUAUGUGUGUGUGUGUGUGUGUGUGUGUGUGUGUGUGUGUGUGUAUCUAUCUAUUUCAAGGAAUUGGCUCAUGGUUGUGGAGGCUGGUGAGUCCCAAAAAUUCACAGGUCAGGCAUCAGGUGGGAGGCUUCUUCUGACUCACAUGGUUGUAGGGGCUGACGAACCCAAAUCAGGUCAGGUGACAGACUGCUGGCCCACAGGGUUGCAAAAGUUGGCAAAUGAGAUCAGAUAGCAGGCUGCUGGCAAAUCUCAGAAUUGACAGGUCAGAUGGCAGGCUGCUGACUCAAGUCCCAAAAACCAGAGGUCAGAUGAUGAUGAGCUAGUUGCAGGAUCCAGAGUGAAAGAGCUUUACCAGAGCAUUCAUAUAUAUUGAAUGUAGGCCACACCCUCAAGGAAACUCCCCUUACUUGAGCAAGGUGGUGACUUGAGUAGGCUUUGACUGGAGUCACGCUCUUAAUAAAGAUAUACCCACUCUAAUCUUGCCUCGUUAAUGUGUAAAGGUUUAAGAUUUACAACACAUAAUUACACAAUACCACAAAAAGGAGGACAGUUACAUCAGAUCACAAAAUGGAGGACAAUUACACAAUGCUAGGAAUCAUGGUUGUCAUGGAUUGAAUUUUGUCCCCCCCAAAAUGUAUCCAUUUGGCUGGGCCAUGAUUCCCAGUAUUGUAUGGUUGUCCUCCCAUUUUGUGAUUGUAAUUUUAUGUUAAAGAGGAUUGGGGUGGGAUUGUAACACCCUUACUAAGUCACAUCCUUGAUCCAAUGUAAAGGGAGUUUCCCUGGGGUGUGGCCUGCACCACCUUUUAUCUUACAAGAGGUAAUAGGAAAGGGAAACAAGGAGAGAGAUGGGGACCUUAUACCACCAAGAAAGAAGCACUGGGAGCAGAGUGCGUCCUUUGGAUCUGGGGUUCCUGCACAGAGAAGUUCCUAGUCUAGGGGAAGACUAACGAGAAGGACCUUCCUGGAGUGCCAGCAGAAAGCCUUCCCUUGGCGCUGACGCCCUGAAUUUGGACUUCUGGCGUACUAGACUGUGAGAAAAUAAAUCUCUCUUUGUUAAAGCCAUCCACUUGUGGCAUUUGUUAUAAAAGCACUAGGCGACUAAGACAAUGGCUUAGCCAAGUUGACAUAACAUUUAACUGUCAAAACCUUCAGAUAACACUGACAAUGAAUAUAAUUGUCUUUACCCUCACCCUGAGCCUCAGCCAGACCCCAAACAACACAACCCCCUAACACUGAUCCCACAUGGACCUUGCACUUGAAUCUGACUCUGACCUUAAAGCUGACCUUAAACUUAACUCUGAUUAUAGUUCUGACAUUAACCAUUGCUUGACUUUGACUCCAACCUGACCUUCGUCGUGAACCUUUCACCCUGACUCUGAUCCACAACCUGACCAUGGUCCUGAUGCUGACCCACACUGACCUUGACUUUGACUUUAACUCUACUCUUAAACCUGACCUUCUCCUUGAUCCCGAUACAGACCUUAACACUCAUCCUGACUCUCACCAUGACACUGACCCUCUCCCUCACCCUAACCCUAUGCUCAGGCCAGCCUGUAUCUUCACAUGAUUUGGGCCAUAACCUAAACAGACCUUGAACUUGACAUUUAAUUUAACCUUGAUCCUGAUCCUCAUCCUGAUUGUCCACCAUCCUAAGCCUGAUAGUCACCAAGACCCUAUCCCUCACCUUCAUCCUAACACACCCUGAUCUUGACCAUGACCUUAACCCGAACUUGACUCUGAACCUGACUCUGAUAUUCACUUUGGCAUAGAAUCUCACCCUUACUGUAACU